UGUUCUGUGUGUAUUUUAGCGACUGUGGCAUAGCGAUGCCUAACUGUAGAGCACCAGUGAAAACUGCGGAUAUAGCUACGAGUCUGAUGCGUCUCACACGCAGUUGCCUAUAUGUAGGAAUCUUGCGGGAUGAGAAUGGGAUUCAUUGGCUGAAUCCACACGACACUGAGAUGACAGCUAACGUUACGUCUGCAACAGAGAAUCCAUAUUAUAUUAUCUGAAAGCACAAGUUGCAGCUGGGUCCAACGGAGCCAUGGUCGAUCAGGGAGAAGCUCUGCCUGGCAUCCUCUGUCAUGAAGAGUGGAGACCAGAACUGGUACUGCUGUACCAUGCUGGUGUCUGUGAGUCGAGCCAUUAAGCCAUUUGCGGAGCCUGGACGCCCCCCUGAUUGGUUCUCUCAGAAGCACUGUGCCUCGCAGUACUCAGAGCUCCUGGAGUGCACAGAGGCUCCAAAGAGGAAGCGUGGCGAGAAAGGUGAGGUGGUGGAGACGGUGGAGGAUGUGAUCGUGCGCCGGCUGACAGCAGAGCGGAUCGAAGAGCUGAAAAAGCUUAUCAGAGACACUCAGGAGAAGCACAGGAAGCUGAAGAGAGAGGCAGAGCUGGUCCAGGCAGGCCACCAGGACUCUAGAGUAGAAGAGUUAUGGGAGGAAAUUGUACAGAGUAGGAAGAAGGAGGAGGAGGAGGAGGAGGUGAAGAGAAAGGCCACAGAUGCAGCCUAUCAGGCCAGACUGGCACUGAAGAGCGCCCCGAAGCGUGCUGCCGGGGUGGGCCUUCGCUCUCCCCCCGGAGCCGCCCUUGGAGAUGCAGCAGAACAGCCUGGCACUGCUGCCUCCGGUGCAGGCGCGGCACUGCCCACCCCCGUAGCAGAGCAGCCAGGGCCCAGGGCGGGGGGUCGGGGACGGGGCUGCCGGCCGGAGGACCGCACGCAAAGGAAGCCGCUGGGUCAGAAGGGUGUGCCGCCGCCCUCCCCGCUGCUGUCUGAGCUGCUGAAGAAGGACGGCCUUUUAAACAGCGGCCCCUGGCUGGUGGAGGAUGUGGAGUGUCCGACUGGUCAGGGGACAGGCAUCCGUGAAUCACAGCCCACAUCCUCUAGCCUACCUUCUUCUCAGACUGUGACCGGAAAGUUACCAGUGGCUGAAAGGCUUCUGUGCGAGCAGAGCGACUGUUUCUGUGCUCCCACGCUGUCUCGUCUGCUGGAAGCUGGCCCCUCCCAGUUCCCCUCUCAGCUGAGCUCACCGGCUACUGCAGACUCCGCCUCCAGUGCCCCCCCGCCUGCUGCUGUAGCAUCUGCAGUGAACGCAGCAGGGGUGGAUGGUGGCCACUCAGUGGAGAGUAAAGCAUCGAUGUUGGAGGAGGACCUAGUCACACUGUCCUGCAUGACAGAUGAGCUGGAUUUGGAGACAGUGGGGGACAUUAUAGUCAUUAUUGAAAACAAGGAAGGUGAUGAGGCAGAGGCUCUGGAGGCUGCCUUGUCUCUGCCUGAGAACACAGGCCACACUCUGUCAAGCCCCUGGGAGCCUGUGGGAUCAGAGGCCCCUAGUGCUGGGGAAACUGUGCUUACCCCCUCUCCGCACCCAAACCUGGAGGACGGGACAGUGGGUGUGGGGGUCCCACAGGACCCCUGUAGCUCCAGUGAGGGUUGUGGGCACCCCUCCUCCUCUAGCUGCCCUUCUGGAGAGAUGCCAGGAGCUUGCUCUGAACCAGAGCCACCAUCUGCUGCGAUUCAGAGUGACGGCGGCGACUGGACACAGUCCCAGGCAGACUCUCAUCCAAAGGAUAACUCUACUGCAAGACAGCUCUCCAAGGACAUAACGGAGGAGGCAGAGGAGAUGGAGGCGAGUCUAAGUGAUGCCAAAGAUGGCAGCGUCUCUGAGACGAGAGGGUUGGGGGGUGGGACAGAUGAGCAGGGGGGUGAUGUGGAUGGGGAGGGGGCCCAGGGCCUUCUCCCUGAGGCACAGUUGGAGCCGGCGGCCAGCAAGAGUGAGGUCGGCUGCAGCAUGCACACUGUCUGCUCCUCCCUGCAGCUCCACACCGCCGCUGACUCCACCCCCAGCAGCCCGGCAUCCUCACAGUUCUCCAUAAGCAGUGAGGAUCAGGAGGCCAUUCAGGCUCAGAAGACCUGGAAGAAAGCAAUCAUGUUGGUGUGGCGAGCAGCAGCCAAUCACCGAUAUGCUAACGUCUUCCUGCAGCCAGUGACAGAUGACAUUGCCCCUGGUUACCACAGUAUUGUCCACAGGCCUAUGGACCUGUCCACCAUAAAGAAGAACAUUGAGAAUGGACUGAUCAGAACCACAGCGGAGUUCCAGCGUGACAUCAUGCUGAUGUUUCAGAACGCGGUGAUGUACAACAGCUCGGACCACGACGUCUUCCACAUGGCCCUGGAGAUGCAGCGGGACGUCCUGGAGCAGGUCCAGCAGUACCUGGCCACCCAGCUCGUCAUGCAGACCUCAGAGUCGGGCAUCAGCGCCAAGAGCCUGCGCGGACGAGAGGCCAACCGCAAACAGGACCCCAGCGACAAGGUGACGCGCCAAACACACACGACUAACUCGCUGAAAUACUGCUGCCAGGAACCAUGGCAAUAUUAUGGACCCCUGAGACGCAGCAGAAGGGACGGAGGCAGGAAAAAGCUACAACAAAAAGAAACUGGCUGUCUGGUCAGCAGAAAAACAGAUGCUAGGCUUGGCAGAUCACUGAGCAGGACACUGUUGCCAUGGCCUCUCCUGCUUUCCUCCUCUCUCUCUUUGACGGUGGUACCAGGGGCCGGCGGUGUGCUAUGGAAGCAGACCUCAAGAUGAAGAAAUGAUCAGGAAUAACAACUGUGGACUCCUUCCACUAACUCAGUAGUGCCAGAGAGCCAUGAAGACAGGCAUGCCACAACUCCUUCCCCCUGUCUGAACUCUCAGGGCCAAUCACCCUCUCCUCCCCAGCCUUGGAAAUUUGAUCCGGUAUGUGUGCACAGGGAGAGAUGAUGGCACGAUCCCGCAGUAUAUAGCUGAACAGGCUGGUGGAAGUCGAGCUUUACUACUGGCACAAGUACACUUUACUGUAUAUUGACAUUUGCUUUGUGUGCAGAUGAUAAUGUAUGAAAUUAAAACAUGAUAACCGGAUAGUUAAUCGCAGAA